AUUGAAAAUAGAUAUUUAUAAACCCAAAGCUAAUACCACACCCCUUCUAAGCUGCUACUCACUGCAUUCCCCCAUGAUAGCCAGCGCCACCACUUCAUCCGACCCUUUUUCUUCCUUGGAAAAUGGCACCAAGAGAAAGCGAAGGCCUGCAGGGACACCAGAUCCGGAUGCAGAGGUGGUGUCUCUGUCGCCCAAGACGUUGCUCGAAUCGGACCGAUACGUGUGCGAGAUCUGCAACCAGGGGUUCCAGCGGGAUCAGAACCUCCAGAUGCAUAGGCGCCGCCAUAAGGUGCCAUGGAAGCUGUUGAAGAGGGAGAGUCCUAUUGUGAGGAAGAGGGUUUUUGUUUGUCCUGAGCCUACCUGCCUGCACCAUGACCCUUGUCAUGCGCUUGGUGACCUUGUUGGUAUCAAGAAGCACUUCCGACGGAAGCAUAGCAACCAUAAGCAAUGGGUUUGUCAAAAAUGCUCCAAGGGCUAUGCUGUUCAGUCUGAUUAUAAAGCUCAUCUCAAAACUUGUGGCACUCGUGGCCACUCUUGUGAUUGCGGCCGCGUUUUCUCUAGGGUGGAGAGCUUUAUAGAGCACCAAGAUGCUUGCAAUAUGGGACAUCUCCAGCAGCAAUCCCAAACCCUCCAGCCGGCUGCAUGUUUGUCCCAAACGGCAUCGAGUCCAAGCCCAUCCAGCGACACCAACAUCAGCAGCGCACCCACUUGGGCAGCUCUCAUAGCGCCACCCAUUUCAAAGCCUCCGGACGCCAACAAUAAUGGCUCACCACACGAUCACAAUCUAGACCUCAAACUCUCAACUGGGUCGAAUUCGAAUCCGCAUCCGAAUCUUGUAGAGGGAAACAAAGGCUGUUCUUCUAUCAAACUCCAGCUCUCGAUUGGAUCAUGCGAGUUCGUGGACGGUGCGAGAGAUGUUAGAGACGAAGCUGGGCAGACACUAAGAGUUGCAAUGGCGGAGAAGGCGUACGCGGAGGAAGCUCGACAGCAAGCCAAGCGGCAAGUAGAAAUGGCGGAGCAAGAAUUCGCAAAUGCCAAGAGAAUGAGACAACAAGCACAAGCGGAGCUCGAUAAAGCUAUAGCCCUCAAACAAACAGCAAUCAAACGGGUCAAUUCAACUAUUCUUGAGAUCACUUGUCAAGCUUGCCAGAAGCAAUUUCAAGCCAAAACAACAACUACAACAACAGCAUCGACUACUACUACAACAACGGCAUCGUGCCGAUCGUGACAAGUCCAAGGCAUAGAACAAGCAUUUUUGGGAAGUGGGUUUUGGGUUAAUUGUGAAAACGUUGAAGAAUUUGUUGAGAAUAAUGAGAGAGGGUUUUGGGAUUUAGUGUUUGGAGGAUAUGAGUACAGUUUGAGCAUUUAAGAAUGGGACUGACCAAGAAUUUAUAGCUGAAUAUCAUUAGAUGGUGAAAAAGAAGAGAGAGAAUAAUGGGUAGCAGCAGCAAGGCAGCGGCAGCGGCAGCGGCAUGUUUUUCAGUGCCACUGUGGUAGAAGGAUGGCAUAAUCAGCCCUCACUCGUCCCUCUCAACGCUCAGCUAGCAGACACCAUUCAUAAUCAAUACUUCAUUUUUCUCUCUCUAACUCACAUAUGAAUCAGCGCCCUUCUCUUCCCUUAUUCAAAAUUCAAUAACCCUAAUUUUUAUUUUUA